AGCCGGCGUUUUCAAAUUUUUCCACUCUGGGACCCGGUUUCACCUUUCGAAAACGCCGGAUCCGUGUGGACGAAACGCCUAUCCGAUAAAAAAUUUGUGCGGUUUCACUGAAACGCGUCUCCGUGUGGACGGGGCCUAAAGUAUGAGAAUCCCCCAGGCCACUGACCUCAUGUUCAGCAUUCAAAAAUAUAGCAGCCAAUGAAAAAAUGAUAAUAUUUGUGUGCAGCAUUAUGACUGGUCUUUAUCAAAGUUAAAGAUCUGCGUUUAUUAAUUAUCUAGUUUAUAUUAUAUUAGAAAAGUCUCACUCAGCUCAACUCACUCAAAUACCUGCUGGCUGCCUAUAUGUUUAGAUUUAUUUCAUUGUUAGGCUACCUAAUAUUACAUAGUUAUCUAAUACCUAAUAUUGUUUGCAGUUAACGUUAAUGGAGAAAAAGAUGAAUUCCCAGUCGUUUAUUAAGCUCAUUGGGCAGUAGUUUAUCAGCUCCCUGCAUGAGUCGGAUGCGGUUUGAGUGAAAUCGUUCUCUCCGUGCGCGUUCAUGCUGCGCGCCUAGCUGGAGUGGAACAUUACCUGCGCGCACCCGCGUGCUCUCAACUCUCAACUCAAGCGUUCGCAGCUAACAGACGUGCGUUCGAGAAUGCCGCUGUAGUCCGCAAAGCUGGCAGGCGUCGCGUGCGACAUUCCCCUCGUUAUUCCCUCCGCCACAGACCACAGCGUCAGCAUGGUGGCGAAGGAUUACCCGAUAUACUUGCUGAUCAAACGAGCCAACUGCAGCCUGGACGAGCCGAGCAGCCGCGGCUGUAACUCUGGGAGAGAGCUGGAGGAGCCCAGCACCAAGCGGGUGAAGCCUCUGUCUCGAGUGACGUCGCUGGCGAGUCUCAUCCCUCCAGUUAAAGCUGCUCCACUCAAACGCAUCGGACAGACGCUGCAGCGUUCCAUUAGUUUCCGUAGUGACUGCAGACCAGAGAUCAUGGCACCUCGGCCGUGGGGCCGGCAGAUCCCGCCAGCCAUCACCAAACGCCGCGACAGCAAGCUGUGGAGCGAGACAUUUGAUUUAGGCCUGGGUCAUAUGCUGUCCUCCAAAGAGAUCAAGAGACAAGAGGCCAUCUUUGAGCUGUCUCAGGGAGAACAGGACCUGAUUGAGGACUUGAAGCUGGCUAAGAAGGCGUAUCAUGACCCCAUGCUGAAGCUGUCGAUUAUGAUGGAACAUGAACUCAAUCAAAUCUUCGGCACACUGGACUCCCUUAUUCCACUGCAUGAAGAUUUGCUGAGUCGACUGCGAGAGGCCAGGAAGCCGGAUGGCUUGACCGAUAAUGUGGGCCAUAUUCUAGUAGACUGGCUCCCUUGUCUUGAAACCUACAACAGCUACUGCAGUAACCAGGUAGCAGCCAAAGCAUUGCUGGACCAUAAGAAACAGGACCAUCGGGUGCAUGACUUCCUUCAGCGCUGCCUGGAAUCACCCUUCAGCCGCAAACUGGACCUCUGGAACUUUCUGGACAUUCCACGCAGUCGUCUGGUCAAAUACCCGCUGCUGCUCCGAGAGAUCCUCAAACACACAGCCAAUGACCACCCCGACCGGCAACACCUGGAUGAAGCUAUUAACAUGAUCCAGAGCAUUGUGGCUGAUAUUAACACACAGACGGGCGAGUCGGAGUGCCGUUACUACAAGGAACGCUUGCUGUAUCUGGAAAGCGGCCAGAAAGAUCUAUUGAUCGACAGCUCACGGAUCCUCAGCUGCCACGGAGAACUCAAGAACAACAGAGGAGCUAAGCUGCAUGUGUUCCUGUUUCAGGACGUGCUGGUGAUCACACGGGCCAUUACCCAGAAUGAGCAGCUGUGGUAUCAGCUUUACCGGCAGCCGAUCCCUGUGAAAAACCUGGAGUGGGAAGACCUGCAGGACGGAGAGAUGCGUCUGGGUGGCUCUAUUAGAGGAGCCUUCAGCAACCAUGAACGGACCAAGAACUUUUUCCGAGUGGUGUUUCGUAGUGGAGGACAACUGCAGUCACACUCCUUCCAGGCCAGUGAUGCCUUCAACAAACAGCAGUGGCUCAACUGCAUUCGACAGGCCAAAGAAGCUGUGGUAUCUGCAGAAUCUGAACCUGCCCGCGAGUCACAAGUGGACAGAGUGAGACAGUGCGCACCACCUAGAGACUGUUUAGACUGCAGCAUGAUGGACACCACUGAGGAUAGCCUGGAUCUGAGCACUGAAUGCCCACAGAUGUAAACACCACCCCUGUGAAAGUGUGAAUGCCACGCUGAGCAUAAACAUUCGCAAUUUUGCUUAACCAGCAGUCCUCUUCAGUAUUGUUACAGAAAUGCCGCUAUUCACAGGAAGCACUUCUCUGGAAUUGGGACUACCUUUGUUUCAAUGUUCCUCAACUUAUAUGUUAUACUUGUGCCUUUCUUUUAUUGUGCUGUCAUUUUGUUACGGAAACUGACAGUUUGUCCACUGAAAAUCAAUGAGGAUGAGCUGUCGCCAUUGCACAUCCUGUAACACUGGGCGUUCACAUCGCACUGCAACUUAAAUGCACCGCUGUCUAUUCAAGAAAAUAGUCAAAUUGGUUUGUAGGUGAUAUGUUGUCAGGUGUUCAUUCAUUAAUCACCAAAAAAAAAAAGACCAAUCGAAUGUUUUCACACCAAAGGGCGAUCAUAUUAUUUGUGUGCGGUGCUCUGAAAAAGGAAUGUAUAAUUACACAUAUUCAUCUCAUAUGUCGCAGCAUUUUUACAUCAGUGUUGGAGCCAGUUGGGAACGGCUGUUUUCUUGCUUAUCCAUAUGAGAGCAAGGAUGAAUAUUAAAACUGGAGUCAUAUUGAAGAAUUGACAAAACAAAAUUUAUUCUGUAAAGCAUUUUGAUUUGAAAGAAGCUCAAUUUUAUGGCAUUGGAGACAGCUUGAUUUAGAGUUAUUUCCUGAACCUGUAAUUGACAUUGUGGCAGAAAUAUCGAUUUUAUACACAUUCUUCUGUAGCAAGUUUUCUGUUGGACUUGGGACAGUGUAGCACAUUACUCAAACUAAACAUCUAUUGUGCCAUGUAGGUCAGCUAAAUCUUUAUCAUAGAGUUUUUGUGUGCUGCUCUGAAAUAGACAAUCUGUGCUAUAAAGAAAUCAACCUUUGCCAAAACGUGUUUGGUGGUUUUAAUUGUGUUCAGGUUUACUCACUAGACCUUGUGUUGUGUUGUCCUAUGUGCAACAUUCUGUUUAUAAAAACUAUCCAAAAAAGUCUUUUAUUCUGUUUCUUUAGUAUUGUAUUGUAUUGAAAUGUAUGAUGUAAGAUGUUUAUUUAUAGUUUGUUUUUCACCUAAUUUACUGCUUUGGUUGCUGUUGGAUUAAAAGGAAUCCAUUGGAUGGGAUUUAAGAGAGAAUUUAUGAAUCAGAAAUGAUUAGAAAAGAAAGAGCACAGCCACAUGGAAGAGUUUGAAGGUCAGCUGGGGUGUAAAUGCUUGUUUAAUCAAUGGGAGAGAUUGACUGAUGGGCAGUGUGUAACAAAAUGAAGAAAAUCAAAUAAACAUUUUAGAAAACCUUA